CGGGCGCUGCGGUAGCGGCGGCGCGGGGCGGACGCGCGCGCAGGAGUCGCCGCGGCCCCCAUUGUGUGGCGCUGCCCGCCGCCAUCUUGUGCCGGGCCCUGAGGCGCCGCGCGGCGGCCGCGCCCCAGCGGGGCCCCCGCGCCCCCGGGGGCCGCCCCACCCCACCCCCCCCGCGCCGCCAGGCAGCCCCCCGAUCGGCAGAGCCAGGCCUCGCCCCAGGGCGCCGCCGCCCGCCCCGUCAGGCGACGGACAAGGACCCGCCCAGAGCCAUCCGCGCCGCCACGCCAUGAAGAUCAAGGACGCCAAGAAGCCGUCUUUUCCAUGGUUUGGCAUGGACAUUGGGGGAACUUUGGUGAAACUUGCAUAUUUUGAACCUAUUGAUAUCACUGCGGAGGAGGAGCAGGAAGAAGUCGAAAGCUUGAAGAGCAUCCGCAAAUAUCUGACUUCCAACGUAGCCUAUGGAUCCACUGGCAUUCGAGAUGUCCACCUUGAGCUGAAAGACUUAACUAUUUUUGAUCGAAGAGGAAACUUGCACUUUAUUCGAUUCCCAACUCAUGAUUUGCCUACUUUUAUCCAAAUGGGAAGAAAUAAAAACUUUUCAACACUACAUACGGUGCUCUGUGCCACUGGUGGUGGCGCUUACAAGUUUGAAGAAGACUUUCGCACAAUUGGAAACCUCCAGCUUCACAAACUGGAUGAGCUUGACUGCCUUGUCAAAGGCUUAUUGUACAUAGACUCAGUCAGCUUCAAUGGCCAGGCAGAGUGCUAUUAUUUUGAAAAUGCCUCAGAUCCUGAGAGAUGCCAAAAGAUGCCUUUUAACCUGGAUGAUCCAUACCCAUUGCUGGUUGUUAACAUUGGUUCAGGAGUCAGUAUUUUAUCUGUCCAUUCCAAAGACAACUAUAAAAGAGUAACUGGAACAAGUCUAGGUGGAGGGACCUUUCUUGGUUUAUGCAGUUUGUUGACAGGCUGUGAAAGUUUUGAAGAAGCUCUGGAAAUGGCAUCCACAGGAGACAGCACACACGCUGACAAGCUGGUUCGAGAUAUCUAUGGAGGAGACUAUGAAAGAUUUGGCUUGCCAGGAUGGGCUGUAGCAUCCAGUUUUGGGAAUAUGAUCUACAAAGAUAAGCGAGAGUCUGUUAGUAAAGAAGAUCUUGCAAGAGCCAUAUUGGUCACCAUCACCAACAACAUUGGGUCGAUUGCCCGGAUGUGUGCAGUAAAUGAGAAAAUAAACAGAGUUGUGUUCGUUGGCAAUUUUUUACGUGUGAAUACUUUGUCAAUGAAGCUUCUUGCGUAUGCACUGGAUUACUGGUCAAAAGGCCAGCUGAAGGCCUUGUUCCUAGAACACGAGGGAUACUUUGGAGCUGUUGGUGCUCUUCUUGGGCUGCCAAAUUUCAGUUGAGAUACCAGAUGUCACUACUCGGAACUGUUUUCCACCUGAAUGACACUUGCUUAUGGCAAUGGGAACUAAAUAUGGAAGGGGAGAAGAAAAUAGCAGGUUUUUUGUAACUGGUUUUAAGAAGUGAUGAGCUACUGAAUAUUUUCAUUAUAAAGAAGGGGGUUUUGCUCUGUUGGGCAUUGAAAAGUGAAAUGUUUGGGAAUAUUGUUUAUGCUCUUUGGUACACGUAGCCAGUAUCGAAUUUGUAAUAUGCAAUACAUACUCUGAAAACAAGCUUCCAGCGGAAGGAAUGCCAAUCCUUUAAGUGCUCAGUGUGAAAGUACUGCAAGUUUACUCUUGAGGCUUUAAGCUCAUCAGUUCUGUUUAUAAUUGAUGAAUCAAAAAAAUGGUAAGGUAUUAUCUACAUGUGGAGGAAACUGGAGGCAGUUGCUUCCCACAGUAGGACUAGUCGUUAUUUCAUUUUCAUGUGUAAUGGAAAUAAUAAUCUUUGAUUUUCAUUGGGAAGAGUAGAAACACAAAAAAUAAGCCAAAGCAGCAGAUGAGGCAGUUGAUGUUUCGAAUGUUUUGUGAAAAUAUCUAUUUGUCCUCUUCAUUUAUUUGAAGAUGCAGCUGGUGUUUUGGGAAUAUCCCCUCUGUCUUUGGUUGGAUUUGGAAAAGAAAUUAAUGAUUAAUGAAGGCACGUUUUGGGGGUUGGGAUGGCUUUUUUGAGGACAUGACUUCCAAAAUGCCUUUUUUGUUUUUGGACUAAAUGUAGGACCUUGUAAUUCUGAUGCUUUGGCUCAUUUCUGUGGAGGCUUGGAAAAUUUCUGUCCCAUUCUACUGAUUUGGAAACGUGAUUUCUCCUUAAUUUUAUAACAGUUGAUCGGAAUCUAGUUAGAGGUUGAAAAUGAAAGCUCAUUAGUUUGCUUUUGGAUUUGGAAGUUUGUUUUUGAAAGUUGAGAAUGCUAUCAGAGUUUGUAUUGCAGCACCAAAUGGACCAAUAUUUAGCGCACUUGCAAUAUGGAACUGUUCAUCAAAUUGUGGCCUUGGGAUAAAAUCCAUACUCUGGAACUGAUCUUUGGCGUUUUCUGUAUACUUUUAAAUUUUACAGGUGUGAUUAUUGUAAUAAGUUUAGCCUUGAAGCCAGGGCAUGAUAUCAUAAACUUGUGAGAGUAUUAUACAGUCAUUAGCUAUAUGACUCUGGACUAAAGAGCUACCCAAUUUUAUGAUAUCAUUUUAAUGUUAAAUAUUUCCUAUAAGUGCAUGAAGAGCAACCAGACUAGAACACAUAUCUUGGUUUUAGGGUGGUUGUAAAACUGAUUGCUUGAGUAUUCCAUGAUGUGGCCGUAUUGUAUUCAGACACAUCCACCUAGUGUGCUAGAAACCUCUAUGUGUUAUUUUCAGUCUUUUUCUGUUCUUGAAAAUCAAAGCCCCAUACUAACAUAGGUUAAUUCUGAGGUCCUUUGAGCACAGUAAGCUGGAGUCAAUUCAUUAAGCCUGAUGCCAAUCAGAAACACAGUUCUGUUUAUUGUUGCCUUUCCUGGUGCUCAUACUACAUUUCCAUUGUAGUUGCUUUGAUGUUUAAUUUUAGAUGUAAAAACACCAAACAAAAUUACACUCACUGUUCAACUGAUUUAAUGCUAAAUCAGAGAGCACUUCAGAAAACAAGUGAAUGUGGUUUUUAUAGAAUGCCUUUAUAAAUGUUGUUCCUUUUAAGUUACGAUUAACUGUAGAAAAUAACCUUUUUUUGGUUAUAGAACUUUGUAAAAACUUAGUUUUCUGAAUGCUUUGACAGCCUCCUGAAAAUUUUGCAAGCAAACUGUGUAUUUUUUCUGGCAGAGUGAAGUACUUUGAGACACACAUGACAACUUGAUUAAGAACAGUUCAUUUAGACUAUGUUUAUUGCUACUUCAAAUUUUGUGAAUGCUGAGGGAGAGCUGAUCUUGAAGCAGUAGUUAGAUGUUACUUGUAUGUUUAACCAGAAGCACGUGUAGAAGAUGAUUACCUAAUGACCGUGGUUAAUUUAAACCAUUUGAAGUCAGUGUGACCCAAGAUACAUUUCUAAAGUAAAUUGUACAGGUACAGAAUAAAUGAAUGGAGUAAUUCUUGAAUAGCUGUACUUAAUAGAAGCUACUGUGAGAAUCAGAAAGUAUGCCCUACCUCUAUUUUACUUCCCUUGAGCUUCUACAAAAUGUUUACUUCCCUCUGCUAGUUUUAUCAGCACAAUUGUUUCUUCAUUACAGGAGCAGCCAGAGAAGUUUCCAAGCCCUACUGUAAAGCCCCAAGGGGCUGUAUUUUAGACAUCAUCUUUGAGUUUCGUCUAAUUUUUUUCUCAACUGAGAACUUGUUAUUAAUCUCCGAAGACUGACCGCACCACCAGUAGCAAUGCUAGGAGUCACAAAUGGUUGACAGAUAAGCCUUAAAGUAUUUUCAUCUAAAUUAUCUUCUAAAUAAAUUGAAAAGUCUUGUUUGUUUUAUACAAAUCACUGCAGUAGCUUGCUUUUCCUAGUCUCUGCUUUUACCUUCAGCCUUGUCAUUUCUUUUCCUCAAAGCUAACUGGUUCAAGUGGCUUUAGAGUGAAUUGAGUCAGUGUGAUGUGCUACAGUAGAGAAAAUUCGAAGUUUUCUCAGGGCUGCUAUCUUCUCAAGAGCCACUUAUCUGGAGGAAAGUUGUGUGCUAUUCUUUUAAAGUAAAAUAUAAAACUCAUUUUGAAUAUGUAAACAUUUUCAGCUUGAUCAGCCAUGUGAGUGCCUUUUAAUUUUUUUCAUAUAAUGCCAAUUCUGCUGGUACUGAGACUUUAUCCGGGAAGUUUCCUAACCAGUGUUGCCACCAGAGAAAUGGCAGAUAAUUUUAUUGCCCAUGGAAAUGAUCCCUUCAAUCCAUUGUAGCUAGAGAUGCCAGGAAAACAGCAUUGGGUUUCUGGCUCCCUAUCUGUGUACCCCUUACCUUGGAGUAAUGCUUUUGUGUUUCUUGUUCUCGUUGGUCUUUUUAAGUAUUACGCACAAUUUUAUGGUAUCGGUAUCUCCCCAAAAGUCAUGCAAGUUUUUUGUUGGAUACGUACAUAUUAUUUCAGGCCAAAGAAGUUAAUUUUUGGAUGAAGCUAUUCCAAGUUGGUAUGGCUGUUAUACUUAACCACUUCACCUUUCUAGUUCACCUAGAGUAACUGCAAUUGAAAUAAGAAGGCAACUACUACAAUACAUUUUGAAUAUUUAUUAAGCUAGAAUGAACACAUCUUCAGCAUUCUUUACUGAAUCUAGAGAUUUAAGUAUAAACACUUUUUCAUUCUUUUAGUAAAGCCUCAAUGAAUUUACCAAUUUGGAGAGAAGCAACACUGAUAAACUUGCUUUGUCUUAUAGUUUGGUCUGGAUUUUCGAAGGGUUUUCAGAUGUGCAACUUGCCUUUUGAAGAUCUUUCCAUCUCUCUGUAGUGUUCUGCAAGAAAGCACCUGUGUGGUUCUACCAACUUCCAUUCAUAGUUUGAGAGUUACAGCAUGGAAGGAAUAUUGAAAGCAUGCUGUUACACUUUAUCUCAGCCUGUGUAUAAAGAAAAAAAGCUGUGUUCUGGCUUUUUGUAAAAGUAAAUAUUCCUUCGGUAGUACUGAAAGAUUCUUACUUGUGUUUCAGUUGUUGGUAGUAUACAUGCAAGGGGAUUAUCUUGCCUUUAAGAUUUGUAAUAGUAACUCUUUCUCUCUAUCCAGUAUAGGUCUUCAGGAAAGACCUACAUCCAGAUAAAUUGCAGUAACUCAUCAUUUUUAAAUGUUUCAGAGUAACAGUGCAAUUUUAACAUUAAUUAAAGUGUCUUUCACCUAGAGCAAAUCUGUGCUUCUUAAAGACUCGUUUGUCGUUAACUUAUGUUAAUGAUCAAAUUUGCAUUCAACCUAUUUUUAAAUAUUGCUGUCACUUUUCAAAUUCUGGAUACUAGAUGGCUGUGAUCCUGAGGAAACAGUUGAGUUUGGAACAGAGAUGAAGGUCGGUGUGGUCAGUCUGUUGAGCUAGUAGUGGUGGUUAGCUUUUUGUCCCAAGUCCAUUUCCACAUUUAAGAGAUCAGUGUUUUCCUAGUGACAGGGCUUUCUGUGUCAUUUCUUUUUUUUUACUAUUAAGUAGGCUUUAAACAUGUAAUAUGUAAUGGAGCUUUGCUUAGGUUAAAAAGUGAACAGAAGUCUGUCGGUCAGAUUAGGAGCAUUUGGCCAAGACCUGUAGGUCACGGUGCAGAGCUAUGAACACACUUGGCGCAUACAGUUACUGUUUUGAUUGUGUUAAUUUUUCCAUUUCUCAUUAACACACAGUGAGAGGGGGCAGACUUAACAAUAAUUGUGGAUCAAACAGGUGAAUUAAGUCCUCACAUGUGACCAUGGGAGAUUAAAAAAAAAUAAUUAGUCACAGUAUAAAGGGAAAAUUCCUUGCUUUAUGUUCUCUAAUACCAAUACUCCAAAGUACAUCAGCAGUAUUCUGUCAUCUGUGAUAAAAUGACUUAAAUCUUCACGUUUAAAGUCUGCGAAGAAGCCUGUUUUGUUUACUUCACAUAUAUAAAGCAUGUUAAGUAUUCCUAAAAACACACUUUCUGAAAGCAUCUCAAAAGAUGUUGUAAUAUAUUUGUAGUUGUUAUUGUUCUAACGGAAAACAUUUGAGCAGUCUGUGUUUGCAUAGCUGAGUGACAAAUCCUGCUCACUUUGGUUACUUGAGUAGAUGGUUCUCCUAAGUGGGGACUGUUUUAAACUAACGGGCAAGAUUUGGCCUCAAGUUCUUCUGCCUGGGGAGCACGGUAAUUCUACUUUGCAUAUUCCUGCUGGUGCUAAAUAAUCUGUUAAAAAACAAAGAUUCUAACUAGAAAUUGUAGAAAAAAAUACUUAUGGCCUGGUCCUUUUGACAGAUUUAAACUUUAUCAUUUGCAGGUGUUUUGGGGGGCCUUGUUUCAAGAUUCCUGUUUAGGUUUCUUUAGAGUAUGUGGACUGUGUGUGUUAAUGUGGCAAGUCAUUGGGAGGUUUGAUGUCCUCUGCUGCUUUCUAUAAGGCCUAUAACAUUCCUGUUGUGCAUUACGAUACAAGUGACUUCCUUGCUGGAUUUCAGUGUUACCCUUCAUCUCGUUUUGUCCUUGUAGCUGUUUGAACAAGUAGUACUGAGUACAAACACCACUGGCAUUUGUUCUUUGCUAAAACUUCAAGAAAAUCAGCCAUUACUGUAAGCAUUUCAGGAAGCUGUUUAAAAUGCAGAAAUAACCAUUUAACAUAAUUCUAAAAGCUAGAUGUUAGUCUUGCCUAUAAAAUAAACUGGAAUACAGUGUAUUGGUUGCUAAUCUUUGCUGUAAAUUGCUAACAUUUCACAGUUCUUCUACCAUCAAUGUAAGGACAUUGUAAAUACAAGGCUUGAAAGGAGGAGGUGUGUUAGUUUCAGAUUGUGCAUUACAAAAGAAUUUAAUUAUAAGACUAGUGAAUUCUUAUCUUGAGACAUUAAAUUAUGACAUCUAGAACAUGAAAAUUAAUGUAUCAAUGUUAUAGAGAUAGAACGUAUAGGGCUUUUGAUAAUCUGCACUUUUUUAACAUUUCUGAGUUUUGGCAUUUUAACAAAUGAGUAUUUAAUUUUCCGUUUCUGUCUCAUCAUCUGCAAGCCUUCUAAUCACCAAUUGCUGUCUUCAAAUAUUUUGUUUUAGUUGGUUAGCAAAGCGGACAGCCAAAUUCAUUAAUUGUAAACCCCUGUGGGAUGGAAGUUCUCCGAAGAGCCAUUUGGUUAAGUUGCCUUAUUCUAUUACAUUGCACUCAUGUUAUGUCUCCACUUUCUUGUUUACUGUUCAGACACUGAAGAUGUGAUGUAAAAAUAUGUGCUACAAAUUUUUAUUCAUAAAGUACUGAUUAAUACCUUUGCGUCUCCUGUUAAUACAGCUCUUGUAAAUGAUCCCUUUAUGCCAUCUGUAAUGCAGUUCUUGUAAAUUGUUUAAAUUAUUUUUCUUUUUAUAGAUUCUGAUUAUUGAAUGUACAGGUUCGAUCCCUUUAAUAUAUCACUGAGUAAUUUGAUUGGGGCCCCAAUAUGGCCAAUGCUACAAUUCAUCCCAUCAAAACUGUAAAUAAUUCUUUACUGCUUGUUUGCAUGAAGUUUGGAUUUCAUUUACUUUGUCAUAACCCAGCUCCUCUGUGAUGGGCCUACUUUUUACAGCUUAUUUUCCUGGUUUUAUUACCAUUUGUUCUGUAUGAAUGUUGAAACAGUACUUUGUCUUUUCCUAAUAAAUAAUUUGAGAUUGUUCA